AUGGAUUCAAUCUUAGAUUUCAAUAAGGAACUAGAUAUCAACCUAUUAGAUCAAAUCGUUACAACUUUUUAUUCAUCAUCAGGUUCAAAUCAAAAAAUUGCUCAAGAUGUAUUAACAAAAUUUCAAGAACAUCCAGAUUCAUGGCAAAAAGCUGAUCAAAUUUUACAAUUUAGUGAAAAUUCUCAAACAAAAUAUAUUGGUCUUAGUAUCUUGGAUAAAUUAAUUUCAACAAAAUGGAAAUUAUUACCUGAUGAACAACGUAAAGGUAUAAGAAAUUUUAUUGUUAAUAUGAUUAUUUCAAUGUGUGAUGAUGAUGAACAAUUCCAAUCUCAAAGAUCAUUAAUUAAUAAAUGUGAUUUAACUUUAGUUUCAAUCUUGAAGCAAGAAUGGCCUGAAAAUUGGCCAACUUUCAUCCCAGAAAUUGUUCAAUCCUCAAGGGCUGGUUUUAAUGUUUGUGAAAAUAAUAUGGUUAUCCUAAAACUUUUAUCUGAAGAAGUUUUCGAUUAUUCUUCAGAACAAUUAACCCAGGCAAAAAUUAAAAAUUUAAAAUUAAGAAUGGGUCAAGAAUUUCAAGAAAUUUAUAAAUUAUGUUUUGAAGUCUUGGAUAAAGCAACAAGACCUUCAUUGAUUGUUGCUACAUUAAAAGCUUUAUUAAAAUAUUUACAAUGGAUUCCAUUAGGUUAUAUUUUUGAAACUGAUUUACUAAACCUAUUAACAAAUAAAUUCUUGGGAAAUGAAGAUACAAGAACAAUUACAUUAAAAUGUUUAACUGAAGUUGCUUCAUUAAAUGCAUCACAAUAUGAUAUAAAAUUUGUUGAAAUGUUUAAAAAUUCAAUACAACAAAUCUCAUCAAUUGUUCCACCGGGGACAAACCUAAAAGAUUCUUAUCAAGUGGCAAAUUCAAAUGAUCAAGCUUUUUUACAAGAUUUAGCAAUGUUUAUUGUAACAUUCUUAGGAAAUCAUAAUAUUGCAUUAGAAACUCAUCAAGAAACCAGAGAUUUAUUAAUCACUUCACAUCAAUAUUUAAUUGAAUUAUCCAAAAUUGAAGAACGUGAAUUAUUUAAAACAACUUUAGAUUAUUGGGGAAAAUUAGUUUCUUCAUUAUAUCAAGAAGUUCAAAAUUUACCAUCAAAUGAAUUAACUCCAUUAAUGCAAUUAGGUUAUAAUCAAGCCCUUGGUUCCAACUCAACAGGUGGUGCACCAAACCCAGAAAUUUUAAAAAAUUACCCACUUAGAAAACAUAUUUAUGCAAACCUCUUAUCAGAAUUAAGAUUAGUUAUUAUUGAAUCAAUGGCAAAACCUGAAGAAGUUCUUGUUGUUCAAAACGAUGAAGGUGAAAUUGUUCGUGAAUUUGUUAAAGAAAGUGAUACAAUCACAUUAUACAAAACAAUGAGAGAAGUCCUUGUCUACUUGACUCAUUUAGAUGUUGUUGAUACUGAACAAAUCAUGAGUGAUAAAUUAUCCAAGCAAAUUGAUGGUUCAGAAUGGUCAUGGCAUAAUAUUAAUACCUUAUGUUGGGCUAUUGGUUCAAUUUCUGGUACAAUGAAUGAAGAAAUGGAAAAAAGAUUCCUUGUUGCCGUGAUUAAAGAUUUAUUAGCAUUAACCGAAAUGAAACGUGGUAAAGAUAAUAAAGCAGUUGUUGCAUCAAAUAUCAUGUAUAUCGUGGGACAAUAUCCAAGAUUUUUAAAAGCUCAUUGGAAAUUCCUCAAGACAGUUAUUAAUAAAUUAUUUGAAUUUAUGCAUGAAACUCAUGAAGGUGUCCAGGAUAUGGCAUGUGAUACUUUCAUUAAAAUCACAUUAAAAUGUCGUCGUCAUUUUGUGGUUCAACAACCAAAUGAAUCAGAACCUUUUAUUGAUGAAAUCAUUAGAAAUAUUCAAGAUAUUACUGAAGAUUUACAACCUCAACAAGUUCAUACUUUUUAUGAAGCAUGUGGUUAUAUUAUAGGUGCACAAAAUUCUAUCCCUGUUAGAGAUCGUUUAUUAGGAGAUUUAAUGAAUUUACCAAAUUUAGCUUGGAAUACUAUUGUUCAACAAGCUGGUGAAGAUCCUGAUUUAUUAAUAAAUCCAGAAACUGUUAAAAUUAUUGCAAAUAUUAUCAAGACAAAUGUUUCGGUUUGUACUUCAUUAGGGCCAGGUUUUUAUACUCAAUUGGGAUUAAUUUUUGAAAAUUUAUUAUACCUGUAUAGAGCUGUUUCUUCAAUGAUUUCAGAUUCCGUGGCAAAAGAAGGGUUAAUUGCAACAAAAACACCAAAAGUUCGUGGUUUAAGAACUAUAAAGAAGGAAAUUUUACAUUUAAUUGAAGCAUAUAUCUCUAAAGGUGAAAAUUUGGAACAAAUUGUUAAAUCAAUUGUUGAACCAUUAUUUUCAACUAUAUUGGAUGAUUAUAAAUCAAAUGUUCCAGAUGCUCGUGAUGCCGAGGUAUUAAAUUGUUUAACUACAGUUGUCUCCAAGGUUGGUCAUAUGAUUCCUGAAGGUGUUGUCCUUGUAUUACAAAAUGUUUUCGAACCAACUUUAGAUAUGAUUACAAAAGAUUUUACAGAAUAUCCAGAACAUCGUGUUGAAUUUUAUAAAUUAUUAAGAGAAAUUAAUUUAAAAUCUUUUAAUGCAUUAUUACAAUUAUCAGGAGAUGCAUUCCAAUUAUUAAUUAAUUCAAUAUUAUGGGCUUUUAAACAUAAUAAUAGAGAUGUUGAAAGUUCUGGUUUAGGAUUAGCUUUAGAAUUAUUAAAAAAUGUGGAAAAAUUAGGUACAACUCCAUUUACAACUGCAUUUUAUCAAAAUUUUUAUUUCCCAAUCUUAUCUGAUACUUUUUAUGUUAUUACAGAUUCUGAUCAUAAAGCAGGAUUUAAAUCUCAAUCUCAAUUAUUAUCAAAAUUAAUUGAAUUGGUCGAGGGAAACAUUAUUAAAGAACCAUUAUAUACAGAAGGUCAAGCACCUCAGGGAACUUCAAAUGCCUUGUUUUUACAUGAAUAUUUAGCAAAUAUGUUAAUAACUGCAUUCCCUCAUUUACAACCAGAUCAAGUUGAAAAUUUCAUUAAAGCUUUAAUUGCACAACAUAAAGACCAGGUUAAAUUUAAAGCAACAUUACGUGAUUUCCUUGUUCAAAUUAAACAAUUUGGUGGUGAUGCUACAGAUUAUUUAUUUGCUGAAGAUCGUGAAUAUGAAUUAGCUGAAAAACAACGUGCUGAAAGGGAAGAAGCUUCAAAGGUUGGUGGGUUAUUAAAACCAUCUGAAUUGGAUGAUGAUUAA